AUGACAGAGGGAAAUUGUGGUGAAAGAGCAGAAGAGUUCUCUCACAGUACCUGGCUCCCAACACAGUCAAAGGGCCAUGAUGACAUGAUAGGAGACAGCUUUGCUGCUGGAGAACAAAUGACGUCACUGUCAUCUUGUAUGAGUGGUGCAUUUAAGGCUUUGUUACCAGAUCACCAUGGAACUUCUUCAGCAAUGUCAGCAAACUCUGAUAAAUAUUCAUAUUCUUCUGAUAAUCAUUGUCUCAUCAAACCUGGCAUUGCAGUGGACAAAAAGUCAGCAGUGGAAAGUGAUUUUUUGAAAGACCCUUUGGGUGAAGCAUCAGCUAGUGUCACACAUAUGCUUCCUCUCAGGUGUGCCCAAUAUAACCGAGAAUUGGACCAGGGAAAUGUCGGUGAGAACUGUGAACCUGCUCAUUUGGCUCUUUCCUCAGUUGAUUCUGUGUAUGCUACAGAAACUGACUAUUCAGGUAUCAGCCAACAGAGCACUGAAAAGACAUCAAAUAAGAGGAGAAAGACAGACAUCAAGUUUAUGGAGGCACAAACAUCCACUACUAGCCAACAGGACGACAUCACUUUACCGCCCUCAGAAGAUUUUUCAUCUAUUGUGGUUUCAAAUCCAAAAGAGACCGUGAAAGUCAAAGGAAUUUCUAGAAACAAAACCAAUGACAACCACUUAAAUGGUAAUUUGGUUGAAGAAACAUCUUUAUUAGCAACUGUGACACAAGAAAGUAAUAUUUUACCUGGAAAGAUUGACUCUUCAAGCAGUUUAAGACUAAGCAGGACACUGAAAAAGCCAAGAAAAAAGACUGUAACCAAAACCAAAGAUGAGGCAGCAGAAAUACUCAGUGUAAACCAGCAUGAAGAUCUGGAUGCAGUACCCUCAAAAUCUGGUGCAAACAUAGUAGCCACCAGUUCGCAAAUUAUUUUAAAAGAAAAAAGAACUGUGGAAAAGGCAAUUAGACAAGAAGUGAAGGAAGACCAUGCAGUUGCUCUUUUCGAAAUGCAGGCUUCUACACUCACUCUGCAGCAAACAGAAUGUUUUUCAACUUCAGUUCACAGCACAGCAAAAAAAUCUAAGAAAAUGUCUGACAUUAAAUGUGAAGCAGUACAUACACCUGCAGUUGACCAAACAAUGCAACACGAAAUCCAUGCAUUUGAUUCUGCAUCAGCCACAGAAAUGGGUAAUUCAGAUGUUCUCAAACAAAAGAAGACAAAAGUGAAGAGGAAAAGACAGUCUAAAAAGCCCACUAAAUGCAAAACACACAUUACCCAAGCAAUCAGCGAUAUUAGAGAGCAGUCUACUGUGCAGCAAGAAAAUUCAGUUUCAAACAGAAGGACAAAUUCAAGGUCAGAAGACAUGACAAUGGAAUGUAUGAAAAAGAGAACAUCAGCACUGAAUGUCAGAAAUGAUCAACCAGAGGACCAUGUUGAACAUUCUACAGUUUUGUCACCACUUCUGCCUCCACCGAUAUCUCAGAGUAAGGAUGCAACACAAGACUCUUGCAAAAAGACAGACACUGUGAACGAAACAGCUGAAAGUCAUGUUGAAAACCAGGUUUCCAUCACUACUGAAGAUGUUGCAAGCCCUCAGAGUUCGCUUAAGGCAAAGAACAAACAAAGGAAACAAUUGCUAGAGCAAAAAGAAGAGAAUGAACAAAGCAAUAUCCUAGAGCUGGCUCACAGAGAGGACAAAAUGUCAGAUGUCCCAUCUGUUGUGAGAGAGGUAGCCACUGAGAAUUUUGAAACAGACAGCUGUGACCAGCAUUUGAAGGUUGCUAAGAAAUCCAAAAAAUCCAUGGAAAUUGCAGAAACACAUGGAUUUGCUAGUGUUUCUUUGUCUCAAGAGAAAAACACUGGAUCAGACGAGGCAGGUGUCAUGGUCACUUUUACACAGGAUGAAGAUUUAUGUAAACUGUCUGAUAGUCAGACCAUAGGAUCACAGCAGUCUGAAAAAGAUGGCACUGUGGUUGAUCAGAAAGACCUCAAAGCCACAAAAAACACUAAGAAAAAGGGUAGAAAAGCUGGACGAAAGAAGAAGAAGGUGGCAUGCCUGUUAACUCAAACCAUUGAAAAAGAGGAACAUAAAGAUAUAUGUUAUGACAACAGAAUUGUCUCUGAUUUUCAAAACAACACACAAAUUCAAAUUUCUGAAAUUUCACAGAGGAUAACAAAUAUUCCAGAAGAACCAGUACUAAAAUCAAGAAAAUCAACCCGCACACAAAAAAUACACUCAGGUCCAGUUGUUGAGAAUUUGUUAACACAGGGCAAGAGCACAGUCUCUUUAGACAUCACUGAGUGUCACACAACAUUUGGAGAGAUUCUUUCCAGUUCCAUGCAAACUGCUGAUUGUGAAGGCCAAUACACUGUUGAGAAAAAGCCACCAAGACGAGGAAGACCCCCUUCAAAGAAAAGCAAAAAACAGAAAUUAUUUGUAGCGCAUUUAGAAGAUAACACCUCUCCAUCUGUCCAUAUAUCAGAUCUCACUCCAUGUCAAGACAGCACAGAAAAUACUGUCAAAGCAGCUGCAAGUACAGUAAAGCAAAAGGUUAUGGAUAAAAAUGUAAUUGUUACCAAACAAUUAGGGACUGAUCCCCCAGAAUCCCUUCAGAGUGCUACUGAUCUCUUGUCACACAGCAUCCCUACAUCUGGGCGUAAAAAAGGGAAGAACCUUAAAAGACCAAUAAGAAACCCAAAGUUAUCAAGCUUAAGAGUAUCUAGCAGAACAUCUGAAACAUCAGUCAAAAGUUUUCAAAAAGGAGACAUAACUUCCCUCCCACAAAACUCCACAAAAGUUUUUAACGAAGAAGGGAAAACAUCUUUGCCUAUGCCUGAGACAGUAAAGAAACAGAAACUCUGUGAAAAAACUUCUAUAAAAGAUGGCAAUGUGCCGGCAGAUAUAAAGAUUGAGAAUAAGGCAACAAUUAAAGUACUGAAAGGAAGAAAACGUGGUCGGAAGAGACGAAAAAUUAAAGGCGGACAGCAUCAAAGAUUAAAAACACAAGAUUGUUGUGAACCAGCCAAAAGUUUACUGACAAAGUUCAAUAUAACCAGUAAAUGCUCUACUGAGGACCAAAAUAAUAUAGUCACACCAGAGAAAAAUGAUGAGAAAACCAAGUUAGACAAUGUUGAAAUGAUCCCACCAAUAACUGCAGAGACCUGCAAGAUAACACCAAAAACAGACGUCCUAUGCAGUUCUCCAACUGACCUGUCCUCCAAUUUAGUGAAAGAAGUCAAGAAGUACAAAGUGGAAGGACACAGUGCUGAGCCGAGUGGAAAAGAUUCAUUUGAAGUUUCCGUGCAAUCUUAUACUGAUAAUACAGGAGUCUCAAUAGGAAUUUGUAAUUUAAUUUCCAGUAAUGUGGUCAAGGAGAAUUCAGACCCAUUUUUUCUGGAUACAAAAAUUAAACCCAACACUGAGCUGAAAUGUACUGAGGAAGCAGAUGGAUUAAGUGUGGAAACGUCAGGGAAAAAAGUACUUGAUAACUCAACUGAGCCAGAAAAUGCACUUCAACCUUCUACAGAACGGAAAGUGGAUGGUUUCACGCAGGAUAGUGAAGACUGUGUUGUCAUGCCAAACAAAGUGGCUAAUAACAGGACAAUAAGAUCCAAGCCUAAAGAAAUAGUGAAAAAACCUCUCACAUGCAAAUACUGUGGCGUUUCCUUUCGGCACAUUACAGCAUACACCAUUCAUCGACGCAUUCAUACAGGUGACAAACCCUACAAAUGCAAGAUUUGUGGAAAAACUUUUGCUCAACUGUCUAAACUAAAGUCCCACCGUAACGUACAUAAACAGGAUUCCUCUUUUCCUUGUCCUUGCUGUAGCCGAAUGUUUUUGCAGAAAGAUGAGUUGCUAUGUCAUUUUAAAGUCCACCUGCAGGAAUCAAAAGCAAACAGUGAACCACAUAAGCACGUAAAAAGCAAGAGAAAUAUUUCAUCAAAUGUGUCUUCAGAGACCCCAAACAAUUAUGGGUGCCUUAUUUGCAAGAAAAGCUUUGUAAACCACGUCAAAUUGCAGAAUCACAUGCAAGUGCAUGAAGUGGAGAAGCCCUUGACUUGUAAAAACUGUGAGAAGACAUUUAGGAAACAGUCAAGCCUCAUAGCUCAUGAAAAAACCCACUGGCCUGUUAAACCAUAUGCUUGCUCGAUUUGUGGAAAAGGCUUUAACCAACUAAAAGCCCUAAAAAAGCAUUCUCAAGACCAUGCUGGUGAGACACCUUUCUCCUGCUUUCACUGCGGUCAUGGAUUCAGUGCCCUGUCUGCACUUAGGAUGCACCAAGCAUCCAAAACAUGCAUUGCAAGGAGAAAUUAUGAGGCGAGCAAUAACACUGAGGGCUUCAUUGUAAGUCAAGGAGUUGAUGGUCAAGUGAACACACCAGUAUUCUUCAAGUGCCAAAUAUGCAAACAACUUUUCAGGAAAUGGUGCCAAUACACUCUUCACCUUCAAACACACACCAGCUCUCCCCCAUACAUUUGUUUUUCCUGUGGACAGUGUUAUGAGAAGGAUUCAGAGAUGAAUGUUCAUUGUGAGGUUUGUUGCCAGUCAAGUGGGGAGGAGAAGAUUUGUAGUGCAUCACUUACCGAAAUCAUGCAAGGUGUUACCCAAACCUACCCUCUAAAGUGUACCUCAUCUCAGAGUCCAACAAGUACAGGAUUUCAGCUGGAUUCCCAAACGACAACCAGUUCAGAACAGCUCCCGCAACUGCCUCAAUUGGUGGAUGUGGAACCUACACAAACAAGAGAUACAGAUCUUUCAAAACUUCCUAAAACGUAUUCUGCCCAUUCACCCAUUAAGCUCCCAAAUGCCCAAUCACCCACUCGUUCUGAUGUUAACUGUUCUGAUGUUAACUGUACUUCCCCAAGUAGCUCUCUAGAAUGCAUUGAAAUCACUCAGAGUCUUUGGAAAUUUAAAUGUUCGCGUUGUGGUCAGCGAUUCGAGAGGUACAGGACUUUGAGUGCUCAUCUGCAAACACAUGCUCCUGGUUUCAUAUAUACUUGUGCACAAUGUGGACAGUUCUUUGAAAGGUGGAGUAAACUAUGGCUACAUCAGAAGCAUCAUCGCCUAAAAAGUCGUUGUUACUCCUGUACGCAGUGCAAUCUGCAGUUUCGUUUCUUUAGCUCUUUUAGAGAGCAUAUGAUUGACCAUGCAGGGCAGAGACCGUAUGCUUGUCCCCUCUGUCCCAAAACCUUCAUUCAGGAGGCAAGCUUACAUGCUCACCAAUGUGAGUCUCAUAAACUUUGUAAAAGUCUGAAAUGUGAUGUCUGUUCUAAGACUUUCAAUAGUUUAAGAAACCUAAUCAAGCACAGUCUUCUGCAUAAUGGUUCUACCUCUCACGUUUGUCUCCUUUGCAAUCUCUCAUUCACAAAUACAAGAGUCUUAAAGGAACACUUGAAAACACACACCACAUACCAUGGACCGGCCCUCCCUGAUAUUCCAUCAAAGCCACUUGAUUUUCCUCACAAAUGCAAAAGGUGUAAAGCUAGCUUUUCAACUGGAGAGUUGCUCUACGCUCAUCAGAUACGUCAUUCUAGAGAUGCAAAGACUCACAUCCGUCCAGCAGUAGUACCUACCUCAAAAUUGUUCGAUUCUUGUCAUAAUGACACACCAUCUACCCCACCUUCCACUCGCAGGAAUCAUAUAUCAAACCUCAAACUUGAUGGCAUACCCAAUGACAGCCUGUAUGUUUAUUCCCACCCUGACAGAAUCUAUGUGCCCCCUAGUGGCAGAGUACAGCUUCCGGUCAUUAAUUUGGACCCUGAUGAACCAGAGGAUGUUUCAGACUCUCAGAAUCCUGGUCAUGAACUUCCAAACAGUGAAAUUACUUCUCAGUCUGACAGCACACACCUACCUCAGGCCACUUUAGAUCAUGAAACCACCAACCUAAAUUCAAGUGAAAGCAUAGAGAUGAUGGCAAAUGGUCAACAUAAUUACAGCCGCAAGUAUCAGAGAAGCCCUUCAUUUGUGGAGACAAGUGUUGACAUGGAAGUAGAAACACCUGCUCAAGAAGAAGAUUCGUCGGAGAGUUUUGAAUGUGCAGACUGUACUGAAAAACUAGCCAGCGUGUUGGGCCUUUAUGAACAUUACAUUCUUCAUGCAAUGGGAGAUGCAUAUGUACAGGUAAACUGAUAAUGCUAGAAGGUAGACA